GCGUGAGGGCCGCCGGGGCCGAGCGGGCGCCGCCAACAUGUCGGAUACCAAGGUAAAAGUUGCCGUCCGCGUCCGGCCCAUGAACCGACGAGAACUGGAGCUGAACACCAAGUGCGUGGUGGAGAUGGAAGGGAAUCAGACCGUCCUGCACCCUCCUCCUGCCAACACCAAACAGGGAGAAAGGAAACCUCCCAAGGUAUUUGCCUUUGAUUAUUGCUUUUGGUCCAUGGAUGAAUCUAACACUACAAAAUAUGCCGGUCAAGAAGUAGUUUUCAAGUGCCUUGGGGAAGGGAUUCUUGAGAAAGCCUUUCAGGGGUACAAUGCUUGUAUUUUCGCAUAUGGGCAGACAGGUUCAGGAAAGUCCUUCUCCAUGAUGGGCCAUGCUGAGCAGUUGGGCCUUAUUCCAAGGCUCUGUUGUGCUUUAUUUAAAAGAAUCUCUUUGGAGCAAAAUGAGUCCCACACCUUUAAAGUGGAAGUAUCAUAUAUGGAAAUUUAUAAUGAGAAAGUUCGUGAUCUUUUAGACCCCAAAGGAAGUAGACAAUCUCUUAAAGUUCGAGAGCAUAAAGUUUUGGGACCAUAUGUAGAUGGUUUAUCUCAACUGGCCGUCACUAGUUUUGAGGAUAUUGAGUCAUUGAUGUCUGAGGGAAAUAAGUCUCGAACGGUAGCUGCAACCAACAUGAAUGAAGAGAGCAGCCGCUCCCAUGCUGUGUUCAACAUCAUAAUCACGCAGACGCUGUACGACCUGCAGUCUGGGAACUCAGGAGAGAAAGUCAGUAAGGUCAGCUUGGUAGACCUGGCGGGUAGUGAAAGAGUGUCCAAAACAGGAGCCGCGAGAGAGCGACUGAAGGAAGGCAGCAACAUUAACAAAUCACUUACAACCUUGGGGCUGGUCAUAUCCUCCCUGGCUGACCAGGCGGCUGGCAAGGGUAAAAACAAAUUUGUGCCUUAUCGAGAUUCAGUCCUCACUUGGCUUCUUAAGGACAAUCUGGGAGGCAACAGCCAGACCUCUAUGAUAGCCACCAUUAGCCCAGCAGCAGACAACUAUGAAGAGACCCUCUCCACGUUACGAUACGCAGAUCGGGCCAAAAGGAUCGUGAACCAUGCAAUUGUGAAUGAGGACCCCAACGCAAAGGUCAUCCGAGAGCUGCGGGAGGAAGUGGAGAAGCUGAAGGAGCAGCUCUCACAGGCUGAGGCCAUGAAGGCCCCCGAACUGAAGGAGAAGCUUGAGGAGUCUGAGAAACUGAUAAAAGAGCUGACGGUGACCUGGGAAGAGAAGCUGAGGAAAACAGAAGAGAUCGCACAGGAGAGACAACGCCAGCUUGAGAGCAUGGGGAUUUCCCUGGAGACAUCCGGUAUCAAGGUGGGGGAUGACAAGUGCUACCUGGUCAACCUGAAUGCAGACCCUGCUCUUAAUGAACUUCUGGUUUAUUAUCUAAAGGACCACACCAGGGUGGGUGCAGAUACCUCUCAGGACAUCCAGCUGUUUGGUAUAGGGAUUCAGCCUGAACACUGUGAGAUUGAUAUUGCCUCUGAUGGUGAUGUCACUCUUACCCCAAAAGAAAAUGCAAGGUCCUGUGUGAAUGGCACCCUUGUGUGCAGUUCCACCCAGCUGUGGCACGGUGACAGAAUACUGUGGGGAAAUAACCACUUUUUUAGAAUUAACUUACCCAAGAGGAAACGGCGAGAUUGGUUGAAAGACUUUGAACGAGAAACGGGCCCUGCAGAGCACGACCUGGAUGCGGCCAGCGAGGCUUCCUCGGAACCGGACUACAACUAUGAGUUUGCCCAGAUGGAAGUUAUCAUGAAGACGCUGAACAGCAAUGACCCAGUUCAAAACGUGGUUCAGGUCCUGGAGAAGCAAUACCUAGAAGAAAAGAGGAGUGCCCUGGAAGAACAGCGGCUCAUGUACGAGCGGGAGCUGCAGCGACUCCGCCAGCAGCUCUCCCCCGAAAGGCAGCCACAGAGCAGCGGCCCAGACCGCCUGGCCUACAGCAGCCAGACAGCCCAGCAGCAGGUGACACAGUGGGCAGAGGAGAGGGACGAACUCUUCCGGCAGAGCCUGGCUAAACUGCGAGAGCAGCUGGUCAAAGCUAAUACCUUAGUGAGGGAGGCGAAUUUCUUAGCUGAGGAAAUGAGCAAACUCACUGAUUACCAAGUGACUCUUCAGAUCCCUGCUGCAAACCUCAGUGCCAACAGAAAGAGAGGUGCCAUCGUGAGCGAGCCAGCCAUCCAAGUGAGGAGGAAAGGAAAGAGCACCCAAAUCUGGACCAUCGAAAAGCUGGAGAAUAAACUGAUUGACAUGAGAGAUCUGUAUCAAGAAUGGAAGGAAAAAGUUCCUGAGGCAAAGAGACUCUACGGGAAACGAGGCGACCCUUUCUACGAAGCCCAGGAGAAUCACAACCUAAUCGGGGUGGCCAACGUGUUCCUCGAGUGCCUCUUCUGCGAUGUGAAGCUUCAGUAUGCAGUCCCUAUCAUCAGCCAGCAGGGGGAGGUAGCAGGACGCCUCCACGUGGAAGUAAUGCGUGUUACUGGAGCUGUCCCGGAGCGUGUGGUGGAGGACGACUCUUCAGAGAACUCCAGUGAGAGUGGGAGCCUUGAAGUCGUGGACAGCAGUGGGGAGAUCAUCCAUCGCGUCAAGAAACUGACGUGUCGGGUGAAAAUUAAAGAGGCAACUGGGCUGCCCUUAAGCCUGUCGAAUUUUGUCUUCUGUCAAUACACGUUCUGGGACCAGUGUGAGCCUACAGUGGCCGCCCCAGUGGUGGACCCAGACGUGCCUUCACCACAGUCCAAGGAUGCCCAGUACACGGUGACCUUCUCUCACUGCAAGGACUUUGUGGUGAACGUAACAGAGGAAUUCCUGGAGUUCAUUUCAGAUGGAGCCCUGGCGAUUGAAGUGUGGGGCCACCGGUGCGCUGGGAAUGGGAGCUCCAUCUGGGAAGUGGAUUCUCUUCACGCUAAGACAAGGACAUUGUAUGAUAGGUGGAAUGAAGUGACCCGCAGGAUCGAGAUGUGGAUCUCCAUCUUAGAACUGAACGAGUUAGGGGAGUAUGCGGCGGUGGAACUUCAUCAGGCAAAGGAUGUCAACACAGGCGGCAUCUUUCAACUCCGACAGGGUCAUUCCCGUAGAGUGCAAGUCACCGUGAAGCCUGUGCAGCACUCGGGGACACUGCCUCUUAUGGUGGAAGCCAUCCUGUCGGUGUCCAUCGGCUGCGUAACUGCCAGGUCCACCAAACUCCAGAGGGGGCUGGACAGUUACCAGAGAGAUGAUGAGGAUGGUGAUGAUAUGGAUAGUUAUCAGGAAGAAGACUUAAACUGCGUCAGAGAGCGGUGGUCAGAUGCCCUCAUUAAACGACGAGAAUACCUGGAUGAGCAGAUCAAAAAAGUCAGCAAUAAAAAAGAGAAGACGGAGGACGACGUGGAGCGGGAAGCUCGGCUCGUGGAGCAGUGGGUAGGGCUGACGGAAGAGAGGAACGCCGUGCUGGUGCCAGCCCCAGGCAGUGGGAUCCCCGGGGCGCCCGCCGACUGGAUCCCACCUCCUGGAAUGGAAACUCACAUACCAGUUCUCUUCUUGGAUUUGAAUGCGGAUAACCUCAGUGCCAACGAGCAGCUUGUGGGCCCCCACGCUUCUGGUGUGAACUCCAUCCUGCCCAAGGAACAUGGCAGCCAGUUCUUCUACCUGCCCAUCAUCAAGCACAGCGAUGACGAGGUGUCAGCCACCGCCUCUUGGGACUCCUCGGUGCACGAUUCUGUUCACUUGAACAGGGUCACACCCCAGAAUGAAAGGAUUUACCUGAUUGUGAAGGCCACGGUGCAGCUCAGCCACCCGGCCGCGAUGGAGCUGGUGCUGCGGAAGCGGAUUGCGGCCAAUAUUUACAACAAGCAGAGUUUCACACAGAGUUUGAAGAGGAGAAUAUCGUUGAAGAAUAUAUUUUAUUCCUGUGGUGUCACCUAUGAAAUAGUGUCCAACAUACCCAAGGCGACCGAGGAGAUCGAGGACCGGGAAACGCUGGCUCUGCUGGCGGCCAGGAGUGAGAACGAAGGCACGUCGGACGGGGAGACGUACAUAGAGAAGUACACGCGCGGCGUGCUGCAGGUGGAGAACAUUCUGAGCCUGGAACGGCUGCGGCAGGCUGUCACGGUCAAGGAAGCACUUUCCACCAAGGCGCGGCACCUGCGGAGGAGCCUCAGCACGCCGAACGUCCAUAACGUCUCCUCCAGUCGACCAGAUCUUUCCGGCUUUGAUGAAGAUGAUAAGGGUUGGCCAGAAAACCAGCUGGACGUGUCUGACUAUAGCUCCAGUUUCCAAGAUGUGGCAUGUUAUGGAACUUUACCCAGGGAUUCACCUCGAAGGAGUAAAGAAGGUUGCACAUCAGAGAACCCUCAUGCCUUAACAGUCAGCCCUUUUAAAGCAUUUUCUCCUCAGCCGCCAAAGUUUUUCAAACCCCUAAUGCCUGUCAAAGAGGAGCAUAAGAAAAGGAUAGCUGUUGAAGCAAGGCCUCUUCUAAGCCAGGAGAGCAUGCCUCCAUCUCAGGCACAUAACCCUGGCUGCAUUGUACUCUCAGGAAGCAGGGGCAGCAGCAUGCCAGUAGAGCACAAUAGCAAACGUGAGAAGAAGAUUGACUCUGAGGAGGAGGAAAAUGAGCUGGAAGCUCUCAGCCGGAAGCUGAGCAACUCGCAGCCUUACGUACCGGUGGAGUUUGCUGACUUCAGUGUUUACAAUGCCAGCCUGGAGAACAGGGAGUGGUUUUCUUCCAAAGCUGACCUGACCAGCUCCCGGGUCUUAGAGAAAGAAGUGUCCCGAAGCCCUACCACCAGCAGCAUUACCAGCGGCUACUUCUCCCACAGUGCCUCAAAUGCCACUCUCUCUGACAUGGCGGUCCCUUCCAGCGACAGCUCAGACCAGCUGGCCCCUCAGGCGAAGGAUGCAGAUGGCAGUGAGCACCCUGGACCAUCGCUCGUGCAUGACGUCAGACCAUCCUCGAGCAAAGAGUCCGCAGAAGCAGAAAGAGGCUCGGUAAAGGACAAGCUAAUCACGGUGCCGCUCAAGGAAAACAGUGCCUUAGCCAAAGGGAGCCCAUCGUCCCAGCCCGUCCCUGCAAGAAACUCCAAAAUGCUGCAUAGGACUGGCUCAUGCUCAGAGCUGGAUGGCUGUCCCAGUAAAAAUGGCCCCCCAGCCAGGGUGUUCUGCCCCAGGGAGGUGACCAUAGAGCACACCACGAACAUCCUGGAGGAUCAUUCUUUCACAGAGUUCAUGGGGGUGUCGGAUGGAAAAGAUUUUGAUGGGUCGACAGAUUCUUCUGCGGGGGAGCUUUCAAGUAGGAGGAACCUACCCAAUAAAACAGACAGUGAGCGUGUCCCUGAUGGGCCACACGACGCCGGCCAGCUGCAUGCCAAGCUAGAGAAUGAUCCGGUAAUGACUCCAGAGGCAGCCCCUUGGGUUCUGUGCUAUCAGGGAGCACAUGUCACUGUACCCCCAGCCCCAGAGGUGCUUCACCAGUGACUUAGCGGGAAGGAGUCAUUCAGAGGUUCCCACCGGGAUGGUGGGCCCCCUGGGGGGCAAGCUCGCUUCCUGCCCUGCUGACUCCUUGUGGGAGCGCAGCUCUGCUUUGGGACCAGAGUGGGAGCCGUAAAGUCUAUAAGACCGUUGGAUAUUUUAGCUGGCUUAUGGGCUGGUGUUAAGUGUUCAGGUGAAUAAGGGUCAGUCUCUUAUUCAUUCCCUGAGAUUUAGUUCCUAGCUACCCCAAAGUGAUCUGGUAACAUUGACCAUAUUUCAUUAAAUCCAGUGAUUCCUUUAUUAGAUGCUCCAUCAUUUUAUUUAUCGGUAAGAAGCAAAAAUCACUGCCAAUUAAGCCAUAUCCUAUCAGCCAUUGUAAGGCACAGCCCAGUUUCAGAGAUGUGUAAGUGUGAGGGAGUUUGUGUAGCACCCAGCUAAUAAAGAGAGCAAUGUGGUGCCCAUCAAGGAAAACUGCUAGGCCAGGAGGGGGACUAUAGACUAAUUCCCUGAGCAACUGAGGCUUUAGCUUUGGAGGUUGGGUUGGUUUAUAAUGUUCAUUAAUUUUCGUAUUGGAACAAAGUGGAUUUCUGCUAAUUUCCUAAGGAAAGUAGCACUUUCUUGUAUAAGUAAGGUUGCGCACCUCUGAGUAUUCUGUUCCUAAGUUCUGAAACCGGUUUGCUUGUCAAUAUUUCCAAAAUUAAUAAGCUAUGUGGGCUCUUGCCACAAAUUCAGAGAAUUCUAAAUACAGGCUCAAAUAGACCAGGCAGCAUGGUAAGUUUUUUUAAGCUUUGUAUUUAGUGAGAGAAAUGCAUAGGGGAGUAAGGGCUUUAGGGAGAAAGAGAAGUCCAGAAAUUAAGUUGGGGUCCAUACUGAGCAGACAGCAGGCCAGGAGCCACAUGCAGCGAGCGUUUGGUUAUGAGCAGCCACAAGCAGCUUAGCAGGAGAAGGCCGCAUGCCCCGUGCUCCAGGCCGUUUAUCCAUUUCCGAAGGGGAGUGGUUAAUUAGUCUGAUUGGCAGGGGGGCAUACAGGUGUGAUCAGGGAGGGGCAUGAGAUCCACAGGGGCAUGGUGAGGGUGUGGUCUUCCCAGCUCACAAAUCUAAUCAGUUGUAGCCUGUCUGCCUGCCUACAUCAGUUUCACCACUUAUUCCCAUUCGCAUUCACUUUUUUGGUCCCACACCUGUGUUAGGAGAUUGGCGAGAGCCAGGGUCAGCAAGGCAAAGAGCUGGCAGAGUAGAAAGCAGCGUAGUGAAGGGUAAGGUAACCACAGUGACGCUCCAUCCAUUCCUCUGCUGAGGAGUUUUGCCAGGGCAGCUUCCCACCAAGCUCUCCCUGCUGCUUUCGGUACUAACCCUUGGAAUUUCAGCAUGUGGUCUCAUCAUUUAUAUAGCAUGCACAUAAGAAAAAAAAACUGCCAUGCCAAACACCGUGAUCUCUGACUAGGAAAAGACUUCUUUCCCAUCUGAAGAAGUCACUCUUUGCUUGCAUUUAUUCUUGUAAGCAAAACAUGUAUUCGCUAAAAAGUCUUCAACUUCCUUCCCCCUAAUCCUUAAAUACAAUCUGCAUGGUUGGCCCUGCAUCAGCUUUUCAGUGAUUCUUAGAGAAAGCCAAGGUCAAAGCCUCUUACUUCUUCACCCUAAGAAUUCAGUUUACUUUUCCAAACCUAAAUGUGCAACAGACCCACUGGGAGCUGCCUGAGAAGCUGCCUCUUAAAACUUGCAGCCCCUAGGAGUCACCGCUGUCCUCCAUAAGAUUUUGCCUCAAAUAGGAUGGCACAGAGGAAAUAAGGUUUUCACAAACCCCCAGUGGUAAAGCAAUGGGCAGUAAGGUGUGAAAGAGAAACAGGGCCAGAGAAGAGAGAAGAGGGGCUACGGCCCUCUCUUGUUUCAUUGUCUGGAUUUAGAAGCUAACAAACAGGAGCAAUUCAGCUCUCAGAAGUUUCCAGAAUGCUGAGUCCCUGCCAAAGAUCUUGAUUUAAAAGUAGAAUUUAUGAAAAUGUUUGUUAUAUCAGAAUGGUAAGAUUAUGGCGAUUUUUCCUUUUUAAAAAUUACUUCGGUAUUUUUGUUAUGUUGCUUUUAAUGAGUUGUUUAAUAAUUCAGACUAAAGUUUGACUUUUGUUCUAACACUGAAGUGAUGUAGAGUGUGACUCAAGAAAUGGCUUCUUUUUUUUUUUUUUAAACUUGAGUGUCGCUGUCAUGACUUUUCCUGGAAACUGUGUUUUGUGGAUUCCAGAACUGGGUUCCAUGAUAAAACCCAAUCCUGUGGGUCCCUUUGGGAAGAACUCCUUGCCCCUUUCAUGGGUGGGCCCUGUGGAUGGGGUGGGGAGGUGGGAACAAGAACCUUGGACUCACCAGCCUCUGCGUUCCAGGGAGACACGACUGCACGGUGAAAGGUGCACACACGGCCUCCUCCACGGGCCACAGCUUGGUGUCUUUGUUCGCCUGGUCGCCUUGGGAAAGCACCCGCCCCAUCUUUCAAACAUGCUGCGGCCCAGCCUGACCUCAAACCAGCACCGGCCAAGAAGCUGUGCACCUCCUGGGCCACCUCUUUCCACCUCCCAAAUGGGAGAAGCAGCACUUUGUUUUCCAGAAAGCAAGAGACUGAAAGUCCUGGAUGAACUAAGUGACAGUAUUUGUGUUUGCACUUACUACACACCCCUACUGUGUAGAAACCUCUACAGAUUCCAAGAAACUGUAUUCUUGUACAGUUUUAAUCCAUUCUUACUGUAGAAUCUGGAGUCAUACUCUAAUUGAUUGUUUUUAUAAAUAAUAUAUAUUAUGUAUAUGAAAUGUGUAUCUAUAGUGUGUCUGGAGACAGACAAGGCUGCACACUAAAAUGCAGAUAAAGGUGAUUUGUAGAAAAUCAUUAGGUACUGGUCUUUGUUACAAAGCCUCUUGGGCAUCUCUUAUAUACGAGUAGAUGAAAAAUAUUUUAUUGCCUAAGACUGAGGUUGCAAAUCCCUCCUUGCAGAAAAGAUUACAGAUGCUGUUCUUUAUAACCAAAGAACUUACAUAAGACUGAACAUUUCCACUGUCCACUCUGGUCUUCUGUGAACAUAUGUGUUUGACUGCAAGUUUGGUGCCACUUUUCCCUUGGCCACCAAGCCACGUGCUGCUGUUCUUUGUCUUCUGUUUCCUAAGCGCACUGAGAAAUCUCAUAGCUCUUAUCCUCUGGUCUUCCACCGGGCCCAUCACCUGCCUUCUGACACUGCAUAAUAACCGCUGGCGGUGCAAGGGCUUGCACUCCAGCCUUUCCUACACCUGGUCCGGCCCAGUGGGCAGGGCAGCGCAGACAGCAGUAUUACUGUAAGAACACAUAGUAGUGGGGAGGGGUCCAGGGAGGGGCUCCUGAUUUUGGGUGUUGUUUUUUGUGGUUUCGUUUUGGAUUGGUAGGUUUGUUGUGGUGUGGUUUUGCUGUUGUUAUUUUGCUUGGCUCUGGAAAAUGCUAAAGAGAUGGACUGAGCUAUAAAACCCACUGGCUCAUGCUUCGCAGUGUUUGCAGGAGAUGCUUGAAUACAGAUGAUCCUGCUGACUCACAGAUGCAGACGCUGAAGGAUUAUGCGUGUGGACAUUUUCACAGAAGUCCUUUCUGUACCUACUCUGUAGAUGCCUGUCCAGUUGGUCUGGAUGUGUAGCUCUAAAUGUGUUGUGAGCACCAGGACGAAAGAAUACGUACAGCUUGCUGUACCUUUUUUCUUCAAGUUCUUAGCAUUGGUAAAUGAGUAAGAUAUUGGAGACUUUAAUGAAAAGCUGCUGUUCAUGGAUUUUGUAUAUAGUGAGCUGACUGUAGUAUUUUACUAUUGUCUGUUAAAAAAAAAAAAAAGAAAAACUGUAAUUUAUAUCCCUUUCAACGUUAUUGUAUUUAAUUGGUACUGAUUUGUUUGAGUGUGUGUGUGUGUGUUUAGAAUACAGAAUGUCUAAUUCAGAUUUUAAAACAUCCACUGUUUGUCUUUAAUAACCCUGCCAUUAGCUCCAGGUCUCAUUUACCAUGCUUGCAUGUGUGCAUGUCCCCAUCAUGUCAAAAGGUAAUGUCAGCUAACCUUUACUGAGGGUUUACUGUGUAGUUACUGUCCCACAUUUGCUGUUUAUUAUGUCAUUUAAUUCUCACAUCACCAGGUGUCAUUAAUACUGUUGUUAUUAAGCAUUGACAGAUGGAAAACAGGCAGAGAGGUUAGUGCCUGACAGAACAGUGGCACAGCCAGGAUUUAGCCCACGCUUCGUCUGUCCCCUCUGUGUUGCACCUGGUGAUGUGUCUGGGGGCCUCUUGGAGUGACAACCUGCAUAGAACAGAAGUCUCGCAACUGAGUAUCACAAGCUCCUAACUGGCCAGCAUGCCGUGGCAGCGGGGGUGGGCGGGGUUGUAUGCUGGAACAGGUACAAUGUGUUCUCGGUGGUUAAGUGACUCUUUAUGGUAAGUACCAAUGACCUACCACCUGUGGAAGAGUGGGGAAAGGUAGCUCACUGUGAAAGUUUUUUUUUUUUUUUUUUAAGAUUUAUUUAUUUUAAAGUCAUGUUACAGAGAGGGAGAGAUAAGUAUAGAGAGAGAGCUACCAUCCACUGGUUCAUUCCCCCAAACUACCAUAAUGGCCUGGGCUGGGCCAGACUGAAGACAGGAGCUUUGUUGAGGCCCAAACUCUUGGGCCAUCUUCUGCUGUCUAUAACUCUCUUGCUCUCUCACUGUCUAACUCUG